AAAAAAGCAAUGUAAUCAGGAGUUUAUUUCCUACCACCGCUUCUCACCGGUCGAAUUAUAAUGUUCCACCCAAUGAACCAUCGAUGGAGAACAAAACACAAGUAUACAUAUCACCAAAUGUGACUACAAUUUCUGAGCCCAAGAACUUAGGUAUAGAGGCACGUAUAGCAGGAUUGAAAGUGAAAUUACCGCUGAAACCUUAUCCCAGUCAGAUGGCUUUAUUGUCCAAGAUGAUAACUGCAAUGAAGGAGGCGAAGAACUGCCUGCUGGAGAGCCCCACUGGAUCGGGAAAGACUCUUGCGUUACUGUGUGGAGCACUCGCUUGGCAGAAUCAUGAACGAAACCGUAUAGCGCAAUCCCAUACACAAGACGUCUUAUCACAACAUCCAGAACUGAACAGCGUUAACGGGGCCGCGGACUACAUCGCCAGUCCACAAAAGAAUACCACUCCUGUCAAACUCUUUGAAAAACCUGUUUUUGGCGAAAAAAGCAUAUAUGAUGUACCUGGCCUAGACUGCGGUGACAACGCCAGCUUGAAGCGUCCUGAAACUAUGUCGGAUAGCGAAGUUAUAGAAGAUUCUCCUUACAAGAACGAAGUGACGAUCCACAAACGCCGGCGUCACGGCGAGCUGGGCGAAUGUUCCAAAAAUGACAGCCCGACGUAUACUCCUACUAGAACACCCACCAAAACACCAAUGACUACGCCUGAGAAGACUUGUGAGCAAGAAACACCGCCACAUUUGAGAAAACUGUCCAGCCUGAUUGACAACUUGCAUCUCAGGACUUCUAUGCACAUUGCUUGCAGCCUCCCCAUCAUAUACUACGGCGCGCGUACGCAUAAACAACUGCAGCAGGUGAUAAAGGAGUUUGGAAGAACAGCAUAUUGCGGUGACGCGAAGAUGACAGUACUUGCUAGCCGGGAUUAUAGCUGUAUAAGGGAGUUCGAUAAACAGAUGUGGGGCACUAAGAAUGAUAUGUGCAGAGGAUGUACCAAAAAAAUAGCACCUAAGGACAAGACCAAGCCUCGAUCAACGGAAGAAACCAACUGCGUAUUCUACGAUAACCGUCUGGCAAUGGACCACAAUAAAUUGCCACCAGCGUUCGACCUGGAAGAUUUGGUCUCUGUGGGACAGGAAAUUAAAGCCUGUCCGUUCUACGGUGCUAGACAAAUGAUGCAAAAUGCCAACAUUGUGUUUUGCCCUUAUAAUUACUUAAUUGAACCGAGCAUUAGAAGUAGCAUGGAUAUCGACCUACAAAACAAUAUCGUGAUAAUCGACGAGGCGCACAACAUCGAAGACAUCUGCCGCAACGCAGCCACGUUCACCUUCCAAAGAAACCAAUUCGUGGACUGUAUAAAGGAGUUAGAACAAGUGACGGCGUACCGGUACACAAAUGCCACUAAAGAUGUACUGCCAUACCUCGACCAUUUGUUACAAACUUUACAGAUAUGGGACCGAUGGUUCGAGCACCAAAAGCCACUAUUGGACAACAAGCCUGUGAACAACAACGAGGCGCAGCAAGUAUGGGAGAUAGACCAUUUUAUCCUCACCCUGAACAACCAUAACAUCGGUGAACACCAGUACAUGGCGUUCAACCACAGCGUGGAUGUAUUCAGCCAACAUUUCCGUGACCAACCAGAUAAACUGUACGGCGUUACGCAGACCACAGCUACUCUUCUCGAGAAUUUGAACACCGUCUACGGUUACUUAUUCCAGAAUUCAGGAUUGUACAAAGACGACUUUAAGGCCGUGCUAAUAAGGAACUUGUAUGGCAACUGGGAGACGUCAAAAGCGACAAACUGGCGAAGAUCACAGUUUGAUAAGGGAAUAGGAAGAGAAACUCUAUCUCUCCGUCUCAUGUGCAUGAACCCGGCAGUGAUAUUCGAAGGGCUUAAAACGGCGCGCUGCAUUAUGCUGGCAUCAGGCACCUUGACGCCUCUACAUAGUAUGCACUCUGAACUGGCAACAGAAUUUCCAUUACAAACUAGUCCGAAUCACGUUAUAUCUGCUGAUAGAGUGUGGAUAGGAACUCUUACAACUGGUCGCAACGGUACGCCUCUGUUAUGCAACUCACGAGGUACCGAACAGUCCAGUUUGCAGGACGCCAUAGGCGAGGCUAUACAGUGGGUGUGUGAGGUGACCCCACACGGCGUACUGUGCUUUUUACCCUCUUACGUGCUCAUGCAGAAAUUGUGUAAACGAUGGCAAGAUACAGGCGUGUGGAAUAAGUUGAACGAGCUAAAGAACGUGUUUAUGGAAAGCAGAAAUGCUCGUGAUCAUAAUGAAGUCAUGGAGGAUUAUUACGAGACCGUGUCUUCGAACAAAGGGGCGCUUCUGUUCGCGGUGUAUCGCGGCAAAGUUUCUGAAGGUAUGGACUUCAAGGACCAUCAAGCUCGGGCUGUUAUAACGGUGGGCAUUCCUUACCCGAACAUGUUUGACCCUGCGGUAAAGGAGAAGAUGAACUACAACGACAAAUUCGAAAAGGUCAAAAAACUUCUACGAAGUCAAGAAUGGCUUCGAGUACAAGCUUACAGAGCACUGAACCAAGCCGUUGGCCGAUGCGUGCGGCACUGCGGCGAUUGGGGUGCCGUGCUUCUCAUAGAUUCGCGUUUCCGCGAACCCUUCUAUACCGAACACCUUUCCAAGUGGGUGAAGAACUUUCUGGGAAACAACCACCACACGUUCGACAGUCUUGUGAACAAUCCGAACAGCCUCGAGUCGUUCAUGCAGACCAUGACCAUAAGAGAGAAUGAAGGGGAAGUAUAAAUAUCAACACACACUGAUCGACUAUCAGCAUUUUACUUCGUAAGACACUUGCGCCACGUAGCGUCUAUUUAAGAUUAUGAAAUUGGGUCCUGACAUAUCAGGAAAGUCGUUGCAGUUUGUCAUAAUAAAACAUUAAGAAACCAGGAACGCUCGAGUUACACGACGGCCUCGGUGGCCUAGUAGAACCAAUAUGAAAAAUGAACUUUUCUAAAUUGGUUCUGAUUUGGAUGUUCUGGGAAGUGUCCCAGAGUGAAUUCCCUUACACUGGUACUCUUAAUAAAGGGAAUUGGUGUGGUUAUCUGGCAGAUAUUAUAAC